AUGCUAGGGAAUCCUUCUCAUGAUCAAGUUUUAGAUGAUACAACAUGCAUGUGCUCACAAGAAGAGUCACUGUCUCUUAAACCCAAAUGGUACUUCACAAAAGAAGAAAUAGAGGAAUGUUCUCCAUCAAGGAAGGCUGGUAUCCAUUUAGAGCAUGAAUCACAUUUGCAGAAGUUAUACUGUUCAUACUUACAAGAACUUGGCAUGGAGCUUAAAGUGCCCCAAGUGACCAUAGCUACCACAAUUAUGUUAUGCCAUCGAUUUUAUAUGCAUCAGUCUCAUACAAAUAACCAUUGGCAGGCAAUGGCAAAUGCUAGCAUGUUCUUGACCUGCAAACCAGAAGACACACCAAGUUGGCUGAAAGAUCUCACUGUUAUGGCUUAUAAGUUAAUGUAUAGGUGGGAUCCUUCAGCUCAAGAAAAGAUCAGGCAGACGGAAGUUUAUGAGAAAUAGAAGCAAUUGAUCUUGCUGGGGGAGCAACUGAUUUUAGUUACUGUUGCUUUUGAUCUCAAUAUUGAACAUCCUUACAAGCCACUUGUUGCAGCUCUGAAGAAGUUGGAAAUUUUACAAAAGGAAGUUGUAAAACUAGCAUGGAAUUUUGUGAAUGACUGGCUCCGCACAACUCUGUGCUUGCAGUACAAACCACAUUAUAUUGCAGCAGGUUUGGUCUUCCUUGCCGCCAAACUUCACAAAGUUAAGUUGCCUACUGCUAAUGGGAAGGCUUGGUGGAUGUGGUUUGAUGUUUCACCAAAACAAUUAGAAUAUUCAAGCAAUAAUCCAACGGAAACUGCUGGAAUAAUUUCAAAGUCUGCAGCAGUCAAAUGCAAUAAAAAACAGCCAACCUCUGAUGCUAAUGAUACCAUGCAAACAACCGAGAAUUGCCUGAGUGACUCUGGCAGUGCAAACAGUGUUGUCAAAGAUGGUGAUACUGAACUUAUAACUAGAGACUCAAAUCAGGAAUGCGGUUGCAAGAUUGUUUCUGUUAAAGAAAGAUGCCAAAAAAUCGACAUUACUAGAAUAAGAGAGAGAUUGAAGAGGAGGAAAUUGGACAGAGUCGAAAAGAAGAAGUGGACGGCAACUUGGAGAAUGAGAUAA